AAGAUAGACUAUCCCGGACCUGUUUUCGUACGAUUCUUGUUAAACCUUAACCAAGAUGUCGAAUAUGGCGCUGUAGGAGUUGAAUUAAUAUCGAUAUUGUAUUUUUAGUCACUGAAACGACGAUUUUGGAGUGAUUCCCUCAAAAACUUUUUUGUGAUCAAAAUAGUGAUGUUUAUUUCGUUUUACCCAGAACAGCUACACAGUACUGGUUCAACUUCUACCACGUUUUAAAAGUUUAAUAUCUACUUUUUGUUCACUAUUUGAAUAAUAUUGUACAAAACGCUUUCGUCUUAGGCGAGUAAUAAUGAUAAUAUUCCGUUUUUAUAGCGUACCUGGCAAACAUGAAGCUUUCAUGGCAUAGUUAUUGUGUUCAAUAUAUCUAUAUUUCGUCUACAUAAACACGUUAAUAAAAAUAAACUGCAUACAAUGUGUGUUAAAUAAAACAGAGUUUAUGUACGGUCGCAUCCAUUAUUAAAAACGUAAACAUUAGCUAUUAGUGAAAAGGUUAACCUACAAUAAUGUGAAAUAUCCGCAGUGCUGUAGUGUUUAAAGUAAAAAAUUGUGCGUAAAUGUGUGUGCUAUGGAAAUACAUUCCAUGAGAAUUGAUCAUGGACCAGUUCAGACAAAUACAAUGUCAUACCCUCAAAGGCAAACUCAAAAUCACAGACCAAACCAUAGCAGCCAAGCAACACAUUCAACCGCUGACAUCUACAAGCCUUCAAGAUCUCCCAUUUCCACUACAGCAACCUGCUAUCCAUAUCCGUCUUCCCCACAGUUACAACAUUCAACUCAGAAUUCGCCACAACAGCAACGAUAUCAAACCCAACAACCAUCAGCUCCAACACAACAGCAACAACAACUGUCUCCCGCACCAGUAUCACAGCCCUCUGUACCACCCAUCAUCUCCAAUGUCUUCCACCAUCGGGACUACCGCCAAAAUCGGAUAUCCUUACUUCAUCCAGAAUAUGGCCCUGGAGCUCGUCUUAGGAAUCAUUCAUCUCUUAUUCAACAAUCGUCUUCGGGGGUGGUCUGUAUUGAUGGGGGCGUUGGAAGCGGAGGACAUGGAGGGUAUACGGGUGGACAACAACCGUUAAAAAAGAUGAGACUGCAAGACAAAGAUGGUAUUAAUCAACCGUUGAGAAUUGAUACUAGGCCAGGGACGUAUAAUCCUCAAGUGGAACAGAUAUCUCCAACCUUUCCUGAUCAGCUAACGCAAGAUGACCAAGCAUUUAGGACUACUAAAGAUGAACUAAUUCAGCAAAUAGGGAAAGUCGAUCGAGAAAUUGCAAAGGCAGAGUCACAAAUUACGAUCUUAAAAAAGAAGCAGACAGAAUUGGAGGAAAUGGCCAAAAAACCUGCAGUUAAAUUAGAGGUAGAGGAAGAUACCACGCCGAAACAUCAAAGUUUACCUCAGAAAAUAUAUGCAGAGAAUAGAAAAAGGGCACAGAAUGCUCAUGCACAGCUAGACUCCUUAGGACCGAAUGUAGAAUGGCCACUUUACAACCAGCCCAGUGACGCCCCCGUAUACAAUGAAAACAAAAGAAGAAACGCGUCAUUUAAACGAAGACUUCUAGACUACUUUAAGAAAAAAAAUAACGAAAAGGAAUCACGCAAUUUAUACUUGACUGAUACGUAUAGCAGAAUGAUGCAAGAAUGGUUAAGGAAAGUAGAUAAAAUAGAAUUGAGCACGAAGAGGAAGGCGAAAGAGAUGAAAAACCGAGAGUUCUUCGAAAAGAUAUUUCCAGAAUUGAGAAAGCAGAGGGAAGAUAAAGAAAGGUUCAACCGAGUUGGAGCUCGAGUAAAAUCAGAGGCAGACAUGGAAGAAAUAAUGGACAAUCUACAAGAGCAGGCUCUAGAAGACAAAAAGAUGAGGAGUUACGCUGUAAUACCACCAAUUUUAAUAGAUAAAAAGGAACGGAAACUGAGAUACGAUAACCAUAAUGGGUAUUUGGAUGACAUGGAAGAGGUCUAUAAAAGUAGGAAGUUCCUUAACGUCUGGACACAAGCCGAAAAGGAAGUUUUUAAGGAAAAGUAUUUACAGCAUCCGAAAAAUUUUGGAGUUAUAGCCUCGUAUUUAGAUAGAAAGUCAGUGUCAGAUUGUGUACAGUACUAUUAUUUAAGUAAAAAGACCGAAAAUUACAAACAGUUAUUUAGGAAAGCAAGGCAGCGGACAAGAAGCGCUAGAAAUACUAACCAGAAAAUUAAUAGUAGUUCCAAUACAUCUGUUAUUGACAUUUUGACGACGGGUGUAACUACGCGUCUUCAACGAGAGCAACAAGCAAGAACGGUAGUGCAGCCAUCGUCUAGAAUUGAAUCAUCUUCAAAUCAACUUCAGCUGCCUAUCAGUGAAUCCGCUGCUUUAGUGGCUACUCCACCAUCGGCAUCAACUCCAACGCCUUCUGCUACGACGGUAACGCCCACAAUUACGUCAAUAGGAAGCCCCUUAGGGCUGGCAAUAACAACACCAACCACAGCAGGUGCAAUGCCAACAUCUUCACCUACAGCGUCUGCCACAUGUUCGGAGAUGUCUUUCACCAGCACUUCCGUGAUCUCGAGUAAUACCAACGGAAUAUCUUCUGUAAUGGUUACCACCACGAUAGAAGAAGAACAUACUCCGGCUCCAGAAAUGACGUUUUCUACGAUAACCUUUAGCACACCUACUACUUCGAUGAAUGACUCGACAAAACCAAAGAUUUUCUUAGGGUUUUCUGAGACACCAAUAUCUCCAACACAUGUAAAAGAUGAAUUAGUUUCUCCCCCAAAGAGUAUAUAUAGUUUCGACAAUGAAGAUCUAAAAGUUGAAAAUAUUAACUUGCUGAGCUCCUCGCCUGCCAUAAAACAAGAAAUUGUGGAUGUGCUGACGCCCAAAAAUGAGGGAAAAUCACAAGAAAUGUAUAGCAAUGAAAACAUACCAUCUAGUGACACAUUAAGUGAGAAUAAAAAGAAGAAAGAAAGAAGAAAAGACAAAGAUUCUUUUGUAGAAACCAGCGAUGAAGACGUCAAUACUAUGCAAGAUAAUACAGCUUCAGGAAACUGUCUUUUAUGCCAAGCUCAACUAGGUCCUCAACUUAACUCCCGACCCUUGUGUUCUAGUCAAGCAUCACUUUAUGACCUUCGUGAGGAUCAAAUACCGCCAAAUGCAAGAGUUUGUAAUACUUGUAGAUGUAAGACGGUCCGGUCUCGGUACACACACUGUCCUUUACCAUCGUGUCCAAAUUCUAGAGGGAGAAUUAAGAGGUUAAGAUCAUUGCCCGAGCGGUUGCAAGAUCUACCACUAGACGUAAAAGAGCCUCUUUUAGCUGAAUUUCGAAUCCCAAGCGGAGUAACGAAAUGCUGUUCGGCAUGUUAUAACAGAAUUCAAAGACGAUUGGGUCCGAUAGAAGAAUGGUCAGAAGAAGAGUUCAAUGAACUAGAAGCAGCUUUGAUGGAACUAGGCUACAAUUGGCAAUUGAUUGGAGAACGUUUAAAUAAACCGCCUCAAACGGUCAAAAUAUACGUUGCCGCGAACCGAAAGAGGCUUAAAAAAUGUUUAGGUGAAGAUCGAAAACCAGCUUUAUCUACUGAUGAAGAAAGUGGUUCCAGUACUUCAAGCUGCGAGGAAAAUUUAAUCGACGGUGAUAGACAUUCUAGUGAUACAGCUAGUGCCGCAGAAAGCCCUCCUGUGCAAAGUUCAAACGAUGGCACAAUAAAGAAGAUAGAUUAUGAUUCUAGUGCGACAGAAACGGCAGAUGAAGCUCAAACUCCAGACCAGUUUCAAGGAGCAGCAACAAUAACACCAGUUAGUAACGAUGGACAACCUCUAAGCGUCAAGGAUUUGGUCCUUAACGUGAUAGAAUUUUCCCUUAUGAAGAAUCCUGGAGGACAACAGACUCAAAACCCUCCAUCGAGUGGUAUGGCUCCUACUAUAUCUUCAAUCUUAAAUAAUGAUUCUAACGAGGUAACUAUUGUGAGUGAAUAUAAUCUAAACAACAUAAACAAUCAACAAAGACAGCAACUGCAACAGCGUUCUGAUAUUAACUUAGCAAAAUUAGUGACUCCUCUUAUAGGAGCCACGAUAACACCUGUGUCUGGACCUGUACAAUCACAAAACCAAGUAGAAUCACUUCAGUCGUCUAGAGACGAUUUAAUAGUUCUGCAAGUUCCAGACGGCAGAGAACCGGAAACCUUAGAUCUCAGCAUAAAGAAACCUAGAGAGACACUUUUACCUGUACAUAAUAAAACUCAACCACAGUCUCAACAGCAAAUGCAUCGCGAUUAUGUUUACCAUCAAGAGCGGAAAAGUUCAGCAUUUUCGAUUAGAUCACCAACGAAGAUGUCCACUUCGAAGCUUGCUAACCCCAAAUCGGGUUCGAUUACACUAGGUACCCCUAUUAUGUCUCAGCCAAGAUACGAAGUUUUAAGGCAAAUACCAGACACUAAAAUGGGAUCUAUUACUCAAGGUACUCCUGUAAUACCGCACAACAUGCAAGAAAAGAGGGUGUUUGAUUACUUUAAUAAAAGAGGGGCUGUUCCUGUACAACAAAUGCAAUCAAGUCAACAAUAUGCUGGCCAGUACAGACAGGCAUAUAAUGUAGAACAACAGUUGAGUUCUCGACAAAUAAUUAUUAAUGACUAUAUUACAUCCCAACAAAUGUUAGGUAGAAGAAAUGAGAAAACGCAAUUCUAUCCUACAAAUUCAGCUCAUCGUACUCCGUCUCCAUCGCAACCUGGCCAGCAACAGCGACAAGGGGUGAUUCAAAGAAAUGCGAGACCACAGUAUAUCCAACCAGGCCACGAAGCACUAUCUUCCCUAGUGGACGUUGCAGUUCAACAACCAUCGUUGCCAGUACCAAAUGCCCAUGAAGGUCUUGGUAAGACGAUGGCAGAUAAUAUCUUGGAUCAACCACAUCGAUACCAAAUUGUACAACACCAGCAGAUUCGACAACAUCCACAAAGAGCAGAAGAACAACGACGAUCGGUGUGUCAUCCACAACAGCUGCUCCAACAACCUCAACAACAGUUACAAGAGCAACAAAAGCAACAGUCACACCAGCAUUCACAACAGUCUCAUCAACAACCACAACAGCAGCAACAAUCGCAUCUGCAGUCACAACCACCACAGCAAACGCAAGUACCACAACCACAACAACUAUUGCUGUCACAAGAUCAACAGAAACAAGACCAACAACAGUCUGUAAAACAAGAGCAACAAGAGCAACAACCUGAAGGUGAACACCAAGAUGAAAAACUGCAGCAAUCAGAACAAGAAGAGAAAGAACAAGAACACGAAAAGAGUGACCAGCAGAAACAACCACAAUUACAGAAUCGGCAAACGUCACGAUCUGAUAAUAGUACUUUAACAGCAGCAAGUCUAAUUGAUGCUAUAAUUACUCAUCAGAUAAAUCAAACGGCCGAAGGUAAUAGGGAAGUCGUGAAUAAUACAAGGGAGCAAAGGGCAGGUGAUUUACUGUUCCAAAAAUUUCACAGAGGAGAGCCUUCUCCACAAAAUAUUCAAGAUAAUGGUGAAAAAUCUCCGUUGGCUAUAAAUGUUGAUGUUGACGGUGAUACCUUAAACAAAAAUCUUACAGUAAAAGAACUGACUGAUUCAGUUAUUAGUCAUGACUUUAAUGCGCGACAACCUUACUAUCACAUGCAGGAGAAUAUGAACGAGCAAUGGAAACGUAGAAUUCAACAACAACAAAACGAGGAUAAGCGUUCACAAACUCCUCUACAGGAUGAAAGACACGUCAUUAGAAUUACCCAGCCCCAGCAAAAACCUAUGGAGAAGAUGGAACCGGUGUCUCCACCAGAAAGUAAUAAUUGGUCAGAACAGAAUUACCGGAAGUACCCUCCUAAUCAGCAGUCGCAUAUGUCUCCCUUGGACUACGUAAAAAACAGAAUUGUAGAGGUGAUGAGAACGGAAGAUGAUAAUAAGAAAGAUUUGCAAGAGGAGGCACAUUCUCAAGAAAAAGAUCUUAGCGACAGUCCUGGAGAAAUGGUAAUAGACGAGGAAAAACACGAAAAUGACUUCAACCAACAGCAGACAUCACAACACAGUGGGUUCUAUUCUUUUGUUCAUAAAGAGACUACUGCCAGUGACAAUUCACAAAAUAACGAACCCAAGCCUUUACUAAGUUCACAAUAUGAACCCCUCUCUGACGAAGACUAACAUUUUAAACGUGUGUUUGUAAUUUAGAAAACAAUAGACUAUUUGGGAUUAGACGUUUGAAGUAAAAAUUUUCCCCUUUAUGUACAUAUAUAUAAAUCAAUGUUUUUUUAGGAUGUGUGUAUUCUUGUUUAUAUUUAAAAUUACAAAUUUUCUGGACUUU